GUUUUUUUCAGGCUGAAUGGUUUUAGAUUUGUUGUUCUUGUAGUCCUGCAUUUGUUUCUUCGCCAUGCUGCAAGCCAGCGCCUCGGCUGGGAUCCGGCCUCUGCCUCCGAAAUGUAGUACGGUGAACACCCCCUCUAUCCCGACUGGGCUCGGGCUGUCGGCAAGUGGCCGGCACCAACAAAGUGGCCAUCUGAAGGCUGCCGUCGGUUCAGCCAUGCUGGCAGCUGGCUACGGAGUGCGCCAGAGGCGCCGGACCUCUGCCUCCGCGUCGCUGGCCAGCGCCAGCUGCCUGGUGGGCAUGCGAGAAAGUUCCACAGGUGGCAGAGCUGGGCGAGUACAACGCCGUGGGCUGCAAACGGGGAUUGUUGGCCUUCCCAACGUGGGAAAGAGCACCCUCUUCAACGCCUUGUGCGAUACCGGGGAGGCCUUGCAGUGCUGUGAUGGGACGUUUAAGGUGGAUCUGCAUGGCCUCUUGCAGAGCCGAAAGCAUGUCUGCGCCGGCAGCAAUCCGCGCACCGGGCUGGUGCGACCUUUGGGAGCUGGAGCCACAGGGAGCUUGGAGGAUCAUCCGGACCUAAAGGCGCUCAACGUUUUGAUCUCGGAUCUGCUGGAUAUUUAUGUGGCCAACGGCAACAAACAUGUUUCAUACUGGCGCUUGGAGGAAGAUCUACGAUGGGACAGUGACUCAUAUCAAUGUUUGCGAGGACACUUUACGUUGCCCAGACUCCUAGCGUGCUUCUCGCUCUUUGACCACAACUUUGCGGGCCAACAGUGCGCACUGAGCAAGCGCAACUAUGCAGUUUGGGGGGCGGAACGAGUGGUGAAGGAGAAGCUGAAGAACUGGCAGACAAGAAUUGUAUCUCCGCUGGCGGAAAUGGAGUUUGAGGAGCCUGGGGACCCACCACAAGAAGGACGUUUUCUGAGUUUCGUCGAUGUGAUGCGGCACCUGCGUUGGACCAAUGAUUUUGCUCCACAUGUGGGCGACAUGCUAGAGUGGGCCUGGCAAAUUCCGGGCUUGGAGCUUGGUCUGCGCGUGUCCAACUGCGCCUUCGCCUCUCGCGAGGUCCGCUGGGAAGACAAGGACCGUAGCGAAAAAGGUGCCUUGCGUGCUUUGGCAGAACAUUUGGAGACGCGCCCGGGUUCGUCGGAACACAUCGCAGCCUUGCGAAACAGCGUGAAUUGGCGUGACUAUGGCCUGGGUCCUUUAGAGAAGUUUGUGCGAAAAUACACCGCCUGGUUCCAGAUCACGGGCGACCGCAUCGCCCUGUGUCAUGGCAAGCCGUUUCAAGGGGAGCAGCCAAUCGACUCGGUGAAGCGUCAAGUUAAGGUCAACAAGGACCAGGAGGCCGAUAGUGAGGUGGAGGACGAAGCCUCCGAUGUUGAACGAGAAGAGUCCAAGGUCGUAUAUCGUCCACCUACUCCUCACCGGCAUGAGUUUUCCCUGCGACCAGAGCCCGAACUGUCAAGAAGUGCGUGUGGCGCAGCGUCCUCAGCCACCGCGGCCCUUCAAUGUGUUCGAAGGAAAGGCAAGCCUGCAUCAGAAACAUUUGUGCGAGUUGUGCAGCGCGUGCACGGUGUGGGCCGGGUGGCGCGGAGGGCUAGCCCCGGGGGCGUGGGAUUGGUGAGGGUCGCGCGCCUGGCAUAUCAUGAGCUCUGCCAGCGGCAAGCGCAAGCAGCUGCUGGUCCCGAGCUUGGGCUUCCCCCAGAGCUGGUGCGACCACAGCCGCCAGCACUGGGCGCUGCGCUGGAAAAGCAGCUGGGGCUUGAGAUGCAAAGCUUCCUUCAGCACUGUGGACCCCAGAGCCAGGACCUGGAAAGACGCUGCCGCAUCUGUGGGGAGAUCCAGCAGGCGUUGAGGGAGACACUGGAAAGCACGUGGCCGAACUUCAGUGUAUCUAUGUUUGGCACGUCAGCCAGCGGCCUUGCACGCAGAGAUUCAGACCUUGACUUGCUGUUGGAUUUGGAUGGCCAAGGAAAUCGCGCCGUGUCGCGGGGCGAGUUGGCGGCGCUGCUGUCAGAGUGCCUUCUUCCGGCGUUGGAGGCGGCUGGGGCACGGGAGCUGCAGAGCAUUCCGAACGCCAGGAGAUUGGGGGGAAAACUGUGUUUUUUGGCCAUGAAGAGGAUGACAAUGGUGAUUCUUACGUUGAAAAGUGGUGUUUUUAACUUUUGA